CAGCCGACUAUUUUACUAGAAAUUUAUCAAAAGCCCUAAUUCGAACACCGCCACCUUCUUCACUUUACCUGUUUCAAACGAUUCUCUUAAAUUUAACCGCUAAAAAUCCCUCAAAUUCACCCAAUUUUAUCUUCAAUUUUUGAAUUUUUGGUGGUUAGUAGUUCUGUAACUAAGAAUCCUCUUCUGGGUAAAUUGUUAAUUGACUGAUAUUAGCUCUGCCACCACUAAUUGUCGUUUGGGGUUUCAGUUCGGUGGUUUAAUGGCGGAGGAUAGAAAUGUGGAUCGCAGUGAAGAGAGUGAUUACAGCUCAGACGAUGAGGGAACUGAAGAUUACAGGAGAGGAGGUUACCAUGCACUCAAAAUUGGCGAUAAAUUCAAGAAUGGCCGUUAUGUGGUGCUAAGCAAGCUUGGCUGGGGACAUUUCUCUACUGUUUGGCUCGCUUGGGACUCUCAGGGAUCGCCCCCGCGAUAUGUAGCUUUGAAAGUACAAAAGAGUGCACAACACUACACGGAUGCAGCUUUGGAUGAGAUAAAGAUCCUUAAACAAAUUGCUGAAGGAGACCCGGUUGAUAAAAAAUGUGUCGUAAAGCUGUUGGAUCAUUUUCGCCAUUCAGGGCCUAAUGGACACCAUGUAUGUAUGGUUUUUGAGUACUUGGGAGAUAAUCUAUUGACUCUUAUUAAGUAUAGCGAUUAUCGAGGUGUUCCUUUACACAUGGUGAAAGAGAUAUGUCUCAAUAUUUUGAUGGGUUUGGACUACUUGCAUCGCCAGCUUUCAAUUAUUCACACUGAUUUAAAGCCAGAGAACGUUUUGCUUUUGUCGACAAUUGAUCCUUCUAAAGAUCCACGUAAAUCAGGCGCUCCUCUCAUCCUCCCAGCUCGUAAGAGUAAAGUUGCUGCUGAGUCUGCUGCUUCAAAAUGUAGUAAGAGUUUAAAUGCAGAUUUAACCAAGAAUCAGAAAAAGAAAAUUCGGAAAAAAGCUAAGAAGGCAGUUCAGAGUUGUGCAGAGAAUGAAGCUUCUGAGGAAAACAGUGCAGCUACGGAAAAAGCUGUGCCUGAAGAUUCGAAUACUGAUACAAUAUCUAAUGAAGGUUCAGUCAAGGAACAGUUAAAUACUUCCAUGACUAAAAAUGAAUCCGCAAAUGGUGAUGAAAAGGAUGCCCGAGAAGAAAAACGUCAUAGAAGAGGCAGCCCUUCCACAAGAAAAAAGCUGUUGGCAGCUGUUGAUCUAAAGUGCAAAUUGGUUGAUUUUGGAAAUGCUUGUUGGACAUAUAAACAAUUUACAAGUGAUAUCCAGACGAGGCAGUAUAGGUGUCCUGAGGUUGUUCUUGGAUCCAAAUACUCAACUCCGGCCGAUAUGUGGUCCUUUGCUUGUAUUUGUUUUGAGCUCGCUACUGGUGAUGUUCUUUUUGAUCCUCAUAGCGGCGACAACUAUAAUAGGGAUGAGGAUCACUUGGCACUGAUGAUGGAGCUUCUUGGCGCAAUGCCUCCUAAGAUCGCAUUGGGUGGCCACUAUUCCCGGGAUUUCUUCAAUAAAAAUGGAGAUUUGAGACAUAUCCGUCGUCUGCGCUUUUGGCAUCUUAACAAGAUACUUGUAGAGAAGUAUGAUCUCAAUGAAAAAGAUGCAAAUGACAUGGCUGACUUCCUUGUUCCGCUACUUGAUUUUGUACCCGAGAAGAGACCAACAGCGGCUCAAUGCCUUAGUCACCCAUGGAUGGUAGCUGGCCCUCGCUUGCUUGAACCUUCCAUGCCUUCUGUUCAACCACAUGUAAGUGAUGGAAACUUAUCCGAGAAGAAGGAAGAAAAUUGCGAGACGGAACACAUAGAAGCUGGAGUAGCGAAUAUGACUAUUGAUGGAGAGCCGAAGCCUUCCAAAGAGGUCAGCUCAACACUUUGAGUUAUCAAAAUAGAAGCAAUUAAAGUUCUUUCUCUGAUGGCUUCGCCUCAGAUGCCUUGCAUUAUGUGAGAGGUGUUUUCUCGUCGGACAUUCAGUUUAAGUUGAUAGUUUUCUGCAGUUAUGUGACUUGGAAUUCUAAUGGUUAUGGUCAGGAGCCUUAUUAAAGGGCAGGAUGGGCGGCUGUCCCCUGAUCCACAGUCAUCGGUUAUUUUUAGUGGUCUCCUUUCUCUUUUGGUAUCACUCUUUUUAAUUAUCUCCUGUUCUCUUCUCCAGUUAUCAUUGCGGCCGCCCUUGCCCGACAGUUACUGGUUGUUUCUAGUUGUCUCCCUUCCCUUUUGGUAUUAGUUUUUCUAUAAUGGUCUCGCCGUUCCCUUUUAGUAUUAAUUUUUUCUAUAAUGGUCUCCCCAUUCCCUUCUUCCAUUACUUGGGUGGUCGCCCUCUAGUCGACAGUCACCAACUGUUUCUGGUUGUCUUCUUCCCCUUUUGGUAUUAUUUUCUAUCAUUAAUCAUCGCAUUCCAUGUUCUUUUCCAGUUAUUGGACCUUUUUCUCUUCUCUUGCUCUCGGUUUUUAUUUCUGAUACCGCCACUGAUUAAUGAUACUAGGCCAUAGGUUGAGUUCUGAAAUGAGGUUUUUGCGUAAAGUAUACAUGUUCAAGUGUAGCGAUUCUUUAACAUCUUUGAUUACAUGUUAUAUGUUCAUGGAUUUACAGGGUACAAUUUACUGUCCUUUAUACGUAAUCUGUUUCAAGGUUCUUGCAACCGGUUAUUUUGAGGCGUCUUGUUGUAACUUCUGUUAUACAUUUAAGAUAUCUUCAUUGUGCUUAAAGCAGUAACUUCUUGUUGGUCAUGGAUUGUUCAAUCCUCCAACAUAAAUGUGUAAUCAAUCAUUCAGGCAUGUGCAUCUAACAAAUAUUUACCA